AAUGUGGGCAAUUGUAUUGUUUGUCGCAUUGGUAGUUGUAUACUUCGCCUAUCGGUUUAACAAAUGGAGAAACCCAAAAUGCAAUGGAAUUCUGCCUCCUGGUUCCAUGGGAUUGCCUUUCAUUGGGGAGUCUCUUAAGCUUCUAACUCCUAGCUACUCAAUAGAUACUCAUCCAUUCAUUACAAUAGAUUACAAAGGUACAAAUAGAUACGGACCCAUAUUUAAAAGCAGUGUGGCGGGUCAAUCCGUAGUAAUUUCAGCUGACCCGGAAUUUAACAAUUACCUGUUAAGUCAAGAAGGGAGGUUAGUGGAAUUCUGGUAUACGGACGCGUCUAAGGUAAUGAUGGGAGGGGUGGGGAUCAAUGCCUCUGGUUACAUUCACAAGUACAAUCGAAGCCUUCUCAUGAACCAUUUUGGUAGGGAGAACCUCAAAGAAAAAUGGCUUCCUCAAAUACAAAAUUUGCUUAACAAAACUUUAUCGUCAUGGUCAACUCAGGAAAAUGUGGAAGUCAAAGAAGCUUUUGCCUCCGUUAUUUGUGAAUUUACAGCAAAUAUUUUGUUUGGUUAUGAUUUUGAAAAAUCAGCUGGUAGACUCGGCGACAACUUUACCGGUGUACAAAAAGUUUUGCUAUCAUUUCCUUUGAAUAUUUCUGGUAUGACAUACUAUCAAAGUUUGAAGAGUCGAGAGAGGGCAUUCGAGAUUUUUAAAAAAGCAGUUAAGGAUAGAAUUAACUCAGUUGAGAAGUCUCGAGACGAUGUUCUUGAUCAAGCCUUGACAGAUAUGGAAAGAGAGAAGUUCUUAACGGAGGAAUUUAUACAAUUUAUUUUUUUUGGGGUUUUGUUUGCUACUUAUGAAUCGAUUUCGUUAACAGUGGCAUUAAUCUUCAAGUUCCUUGAAUCUCAUCCAUCUGUGUUAGCAGAGUUGAUGAUUGAACAUGAGAAUAUUCUCAAAAGUAGACAAGAUUCAGAAUCUUCAAUCACAUGGGAUGACUAUAAAUCAAUGACUUUCACCCAGCAGGUCAUUAGUGAAACUCUUAGGUUAGGAACUACUGCACCUGGGUUAUGCCGAAAGGCAGUCAAAGAUAUUCAAUUCAAAGGAUUUACAAUACCUACUGGUUGGAACAUAAUGAUGGUCACUUCUAUUCGUCAUAUAAACCCUGAAGUAUACAAAGAUCCACUUGAGUUUAAUCCUUGGCGCUGGAAGGAUAUGGACUCAUUUACUAUAUCUAAGAAUUUCUCACCUUUUGGAGGAGGAACAAGACAAUGUGUUGGGGCUGAGUACAGUAGAUUGGUGAUUGCUUUGUUUCUCCAUUUGUUGAUCACCAAAUAUAGGUAA